AUGCUAAAGAACAUUCUUCUCCUAGCCUCUUUAGUUGGCUAAGCGUUCUCUGCAAAAACUGACUUCCCUGAGUUUGAUAUAUUUCAUGCAAAUUGUGCAAUGGAAGUCACAUAUCCUUCACAAACAUGCUAACAGGCAUUUACCGCUGUGGAGAAAACAAUUAGAGAAUUUAAUCCUGAACCUGAUGCCAAUGGUAUAUACGCUUUGAAAGAAUCUGCUGAUACUGACUAUAUCUGGACAACAAGAACUACUCCCGUCAAGAAAUACAUCGAUGAUAUAAUAUUUGAAUUCAAGUAAUAAGGUGCAAACUGUAUUGUGUCUUCUAAAAGCAGAUCUCAAACUUUCUCUAUAUACGAUUAUGAGACAAACUAUUGCAACAUAUAUAAUGUUCACAGGUACAUAGGUGGAUUCACCAAUCUUAAAACCAGUUAAUGCAGAUAUGAACCCUCAGAUCCAGUCGAAAGAUGCAAGAUAUAUUGA